AUGUCUAAAUACCUCUACAAACAAUAUGUACGGUUGAUCACGAAAUGGCCUAAGGAUGAGUUCAAAAGUCCAGAGAGAGAUCUGGCAGUGUUUCUUGACAAUGAAAUAGAAAAGCAUUUCAAUACCAAACCUACUCGCAUGGAUAUGGGACUUUGUGAGAGAAGGUAUCAAGCUCUGGAGCAAAUAAGUUCCAAUACCACAGCGAAACUCUAUCCACAUCAGUACAAAUCUGGCGUUUUCGGACUCAAUUUGCAACAGUUGCAGGAAGCCAAUACUGAAGAGAACAGACGACAUUUCGGUUUGGGACGUGAGGGACUAUUGAAACGAAUCUGGAAAGCAGUCUUCCCACCGAAACCUACACCAAGAGAGAAUGCGUCCGGUUAA